UUUUUUUUUUCCUUUAAUUGAUAAGUGACCACAAAAUUCUUAAUAUAUGUGCAUAUAAAUAAAUAAUGUCAACAACAAAAAAGCCUAGAGUCAAUAUUGAUUAUUAUGAACAACCAAAAACAAUAAGUUAUUUUGAAGCUAUUAUUAAUACACUACGUAUCGAUUUAGAUAAGGAAGGUGCAAAUACAAGCUUUGGUGCUCCUGAUUUAGCUUAUUUUACGGCUCAUUUCCUAAAGUUUCAAAUCGAUCAUCUUGGCAGAGAUGCUGCUGAUAAAGCAAGGCGACAUCGUAAAUCAAUUGAAGCAGGUGUUCCCUUUUCUCUCUUUGAUGUGCGUCAUCUAACAACAAACUCAUCUUUAUAUUACAUUCUGAAAGCUGCUUAUAAAUUCAAGUCAGAUUAUCGUAUUGCUGACUGGCAUUUUGAUUCUUUAGAUGAAGCACCUACUUAUUUAGAGAUGGUUAAAGUUAUUAAACAAGCUCUAGAUAAAGCAGGUUUUGAACAAUGUAUACCUCAUGUCUUUUUUGACACCUCUAUUGAUGCACAUAAAAAGAAAAAAAUGACUUUAUUGGUGGAAGGUUUAGGAGGUGUUAUUGUAAAAGAAAUAUCAGAUGCAUCGUUUAUUAUUUAUAAUGAAGAACAAAUAAUCGAUAGAUUUCAUAAGAAUUGGAGAAUUGUUCAUCAAACAGAUGACGACGAUAAUCAGGCAAUUAUUCACUGGAUUGGACUUCCUGAUUCUUAUAAUGCAGUUUUAUCACUUGAAAAUUGUGCAAAAGAGAAAGAAGAUGUGACAUUAAGAGAAUUGACAAAGGAUCAUCAAAGAGCACCAUGGCAUGUUAAGUUUAAUUGGAUUGAGGAUAGUGUUCGAUAUAAUGAAUGGAUGACACCUCUUGAUUACAUUAUGAUUGAAAAGCAACAAACUCAACAACCUAAACGUAAAAGAUCUGCGGUAGAGCAAGAAGAUGAUCACCUUGGAGGAGAUCAAAAGGAAGGAAAUUUAAUUACCAACAGUAACAAAAAGGCAAAAACACCAGAACCACAGGAAAGAGAGAUUGCUAUUAAAUAUAUGCCUACUCAAAAAUAUGAAGUGAUUAUUCCUUCUUAUGCUGCCUGGUUUGAUUUAUCCAGUAUUCAUGUGAUCGAAGUCCGCGGUUUGCCUGAAUUCUUUAAUAAUAAAAAUAAGACAAAAACACCUACUGUUUAUAAAGAAUAUCGUGAUUUUAUGGUGAAUACAUAUCGAUUAAAUCCUUCAGAGUAUUUGACAGUCACAUCUUGUAGAAGAAAUAUGACAGGUGAUGUCUGUUCUAUUAUUCGUGUUCAUGCUUUUCUUGAGCAAUGGGGAUUAAUCAAUUAUCAGAUAGAUCCUACUGCUAAACCGACCGCAAUUGGACCUCCUUUUGAAGGGCAAAUCAAGAUUAUAGCACAGUUACCUUCCGUAUUAAAUAAGUCUUUAGCUAAAGAAAAUGAUACAGAUAUUUAUCAUCGUCCUACAAAUAAAUCGUCUUUUGAAUUAAAAGGACAAAAUAAUUUUACUUCUAAAGUGGAUAAACAAGUAGUCAAAAACUCUACUACAAUGAAAAACGAAAAAUCAAGCUUUUCUACACCAAGCAUUGAUUUGAAUUUAGAUUUACGGGUCAAUAUUUAUGAUGUUGCAAUGAAAAAGACGAUUGAAGAAGAAAGUAAGAAGGAAAUAGAGGCAAAAAUACCAGAAACAUGUUCAUCCUGUUCAAGUCAAUCUAACCAUGGAUAUCAUUCUAAUACGACAUUUAUAUGUGAUGAUUGCUAUGAUGCUAAUAAACUCCCUGAAUUCACACAGAAAGAAGACUAUAAAAAAAGGAAAGAAAUUGAAUUGAAAAAGUUACCAGAACCCUGGACGGAGCAAGAAGAGAUGUUGUUACUAGAAGGCUUGGAAAUGUUUCCUGAUGAUUGGAAUAAAGUUGCAAAUCAUGUUGCUACAAAAACACGUGACGAUUGUAUCUUACAUUAUUUGCAUCUACCAGUAUCUGAUCCACGAGUUGAUCCUGAAGUAAAAAAGCUUGACUUAUUGGAUUUCAACCGUAAAGACGAUAUAGAUAAUCCCAUUAUGUCUGUAGUGGCCUUUUUAGCUUCGAACGUAAAACCUAAAGUAGCAGCAUCCUCACUCCUUGAGGUUACUACAGACGAUGAUAAAACAGAGGAAAUGACAGAUAGAGAUAAGGAUGACGCAUUAGAAAUGAAACAUGAUUUGAUUCGCGCCAAAAUGAUGCAAUUUAUGUCUCGUAUAAAUAGCUUUAGAGAGAUGGAGAAUAAAGUAAAUGAUGAGCGUCGUGAGUUAGAAAAGGAAAGAUUCUUGGUUCGAGAAGAACAUUUGACGAUACGAAAUAAAAUGGAUAAAAUCUAUGGACACAUGUUUCAAGUCAGACAAGCAAAAUUAUUAAAAGAAAAACAAAUGCAAAUGCAAAGCCAACAACAACAAGAGGAGUUGAUGCCAAAUGAUGUCAUCGUUAGAGGACCUCAUGAGGCUUUAUCACCGGAAGAAAGGGAAUUGCAAAAUCAGUUAAAAGCAAGAUACCCAAUACAAUACUUUCAAAGACAACAAACAUUACUGCAACAACAAUAAUAAAGAGUUUAAUAUAAUAUUAUUAUUUUAUUUUAUUUUACAUACUUUUGGUAUUUUCUUUUAAUGGGUUCUUUUUUUUGUUCUUUUUUCCAGUUUUGCUUAUGCCAACAACAUAUACAUGAAUCUACUUUCUUAUAUUUCACA